CCCUCAGAUCAUGAGUAGCAUGAACUUCUCAAAUAGCUCAAAGCACAUAAAUGAUGUAUAUGCAGAAAUACAGUACUGCUAUGACUCUGUGAGCGGAUCAUGCAAGAAGAAUGUCCAGCCUGUAAGUCUCCAGUUUUCAAUGUUUGCUUUCAUGGCCUUUGCUAUAUUGGUUACAAUAACUGGGAAUCUUCUGGUUAUAACAUCUAUAGCGCAUUUUAAACAGCUGCACACCACCACAAACUGCCUCAUUCUCUCACUGGCGGUUUGCGACUUUUUGUUGGGGGCCUUCAUCAUGCCGUGCAGUGCGAUGCGGUCGGUCUACGGCUGCUGGUACCUGGGAGACUUUGUGUGCAAGCUCCACACCAGCACGGACAUCAUGCUCAGCACCUCCUCCAUCUUCCACCUCUCCUUCAUCUCUGUAGAUCGUUACUUUGCUGUCUGCACCCCACUUCUGUACCGCUCCAUAGUCAACUCUGUCACUGCUCUGCUGAUGAUCAUAACCAGCUGGGUCUUCCCAGCCAUCUUCGCCUAUGGGAUGAUCUUCUCAAACCUCAACCUGAAAGGCAGUGAGCACUUCUUUGAGACACAGGUCCAGUGUGUCGGAGGAUGCCCGGUAUUCUUUAGUCCAGCAUCAGCUGCAUUCUCUUCUGUUUUUUCAUUUUUCCUCCCUGGUCUCAUCAUGUUGAGCAUUUACCUCAAGAUCUACGUGGUAGCAAGACGUCAGGCCAGAUCAAUUAAAGAUCUGACACGGCAGAUUAAGGUGGAGGAUGGAAAUGGGUCUGCAGUCUCUGGGAAGCAUGAAAGAAAGAAGGCAAACACCCUGGCAGUGGUGGUGGGAGUUUUCCUCAUCUGCUGGACCCCUUUUUUCCUCUGUAAUAUUAUGGACCCCUUCAUUGGCUAUUCCAUCCCACCCACACUGACUGACGCCCUGGUUUGGUUUGGUUAUAUGAACUCGAGUUUCAAUCCUUUCAUCUAUGCUUUUUUUUACUCUUGGUUCAGGAAAGCUUUGAACAUAAUUCUCAGUGGAAGAAUCUUUCACAGAGAUUCUUGUCGAAUGAAAUUGUAUUCCGAAUGAA